GGUAGUCCCUUGAAGCGCAUUCAACUGGCCGAAUCGGAAGCCAGCCCAGUACGCCCAGCGCAGCUCCUUUCUGCAAUUCUGCUCCCAGCACAGCGCCGGCCUGUACCUCUGAAGUCUGAACCCUACCGCCAACGGUGCGGCGCGCGGCCGGCCGGAGCAUAGCCUCGCCGGCGUGCCGGCGCCGCCACUAGACGCUGUCCGCCGCAAUCCCGCACCAUCCAGUGCUCACUCCCCCGUGCCCCGCGCGUCGUCAAGACCGUGUCGGCCGCUCGGAGCCCGUGAAUUGCCUCGCCCGGUCGUCCUCGGGGCUCAGGCUGUCCAGGCCUCUCCACUUCCACGGGCAGGCGUCUGCUGUGUCUACUGUAAAUUCCAGAGCAAGGGCAAGGCUCAUCAUGGACUCCCUUCAUCAUGUGCACAUCAAACUUCUGGCUGCCGACCUUCUCACGCUGACUCCCCGACAUACAUCGCCGCCUUCCUUUGUUCGCUGUGGCCGUACAGUUGCUCGUGCCGAGGUUGUCGGGGUCGUUGUUUCACGUGACCGCAGGGAGAAGUUUCUGCGCUUCCUGGUUGAUGAUGGCACUGGCUGUGUGCCAUGUGUCCUGUGGCUGAACCACCAGUACCUGAAUGCAAACAGUUCAUCCGAUUCUGAUCCAACUGGAGAGAUGGCAUCGAAAAUGUCGGAGGUGGUACGCCUGGGCACCCUGUUGAGGGUUCGUGGGAGGAUUGUCAUGUACCGUGGUGCAAUUCAGAUUGCUGCUAGAGACGUGGUUCUAGAGGAGGACCCUAAUGUGGAGGUUCUACAUUGGUUACAGUGCAUUCACAUGGCCAAGGAAUGUUAUGAUUUGCCACUACCUUCUGCUUGAGGUGUGCCUUGGAGGAUCUCAUGCUCUGUAAUGAUCCCAAAUUGUACGGUGUUUCUUUCUGUGAUUACUGUUGAACCAACUUCUUCUAAUGCGAUCCAGCGUGUGUACGGCAAA